AUGAAUUUGUAUCCGCCUGAAACUUUUCAUGCUUCAAAUAAUUUCAAUGCUCCUGAAUACUUUCGUGCAUACAGUGCCAUGUGCAUGCCAACACACGAGUCAGCUGAAAAUAUUUUUCAUGGCUUAAUAGGUGACAUCAAACCCAAUAUGGUUAAUUUGGAUUAUAUUAAACAUGUAUGCAACAUAGAUAACUUUCGAGACCCAGACGAGCCUACAUACCUGCCUAUAUCCAUACCAAAUAAUAUAGCUACAAAAACAAAACUCAGUCCUAUUCUGCCAAUAACUGACGGAGCAAGACACUUGAAUGUUAUAAAAGUUAAAGAAAGUUUCGAUAAAAAGUCCAGUGCUAUAAGUCUUCUUCUUGGUACGAAGAGGUUUAUAAAAUCUAUAAUGCCACAACCGGAUCACAUAGGCGAAGUCGAGGAUUUGGUUCCAGGAAGCGAAUUUAUUUAUACCAUGAUAUGGUAUAGACCUUUUAGUUUCCACCAAGGCACCCGUAAUUCUUCAGAGAAGCUCAGAUUUCAGAACGAGAUGGAUAUAUUGGGUAGCAGUUAUUUAACUGCAGUUGUAGAUAAAAUAGAGUGCCCUUCGGACUCAAUGAUCCUGCCCGAAGUUGAAAACACCAAGGUCGACAUCCAAAAAUUCAAGGAUGCAAGGAGAUGGUAUCCGUCAAGAACGCUGUUUAUCGAUGGAGUUUUCUACAACGACAUGAGGCAAGCCAAGGCCAUAGACCUGUCUCCAAAAAUUAUUAAAUGGGCUGCUGAUAAGAAGAUCGGGAAAUUUACCACAGCUAAAAUGGAAGAAACUCGCUUCUCUGACCUGAAACCUCGACUGGGAUACCCGUACGUCUAUAUCCACCAAGGAGACUGCGAACACAUCUUCGUAUUUGCAGACGCCAGACUGCUACAGUCCAGGGACUGCCUGGUUUCGAAGACGUAUCCCAAAAUAUUGGCCUACAACAAAGAUUCAAACAAUAUGUGUUCACUUUGUCUGAAAAGGGUUGUCAAAUGGAUGGUCAAAAAAUGUGACAGGCUGCCACACGAGAAGGUCUUUCUGUGUACUGACUGCUGCGAUUCUUACCUUUAUAUUGACGAUAAAAAAGUGACAGAUUUUAAGUUAUAUCCCACUUUUAACCAAUCCGACGAUUGA